CUUCGUAAACAAAGACACGCGUGUUCAAAUUGCUUUACAUCGGUUUGAUGUAGUUUUUUUCCCAAAAAAUCAAUUAAAGUUGAUUCAAACAAAAAGCUUUGCUAAUUAUUUAAGCAGCAACAACAUAAGUGCAACAUGUUUGUGCUGGCCGAGCUAAAAGACACGGUGCGGAUUGCCCCGGAAUUGUUCAAUCUCAAACUUCCAGAAGCCAUCAAGGAUGAAGUCAACAGAAAAUUGGCUAACAAGGUCCUCCUGAACGUCGGCCUCUGCAUCGCCCUCAAGGACAUCGUCAAACUUGGAGACUCCAUAAUCCUGCCCGGCGAUGGCGCCUCCCACACCGAGGUCAACUUCCGGUACAUCGUGUUCCGCCCGAUGAUCGGUGACGUCAUCACGGGGAAAAUCCGCAGCUGCAGCCGCGAGGGCGUCCACGUGACGCUCGGCUUUUUCGACGACAUCCUAAUCCCACCCUCAGCGCUGCAGCAUCCUUCGCGCUUUGAGGAGGCAGAACAGGCGUGGGUGUGGGAGUAUCCGCUGGAGGACGGCAAGAAGCACGACCUGUACAUGGACAUUGGCGAGAGUAUCAAGUUUCGCGUUUCGGGGGAAGUUUUCGAGGAGAGUUCACCGAUUGGUCCGCCCGACCAGGAGGUGGCGGGAUCGGGGACGGCGUCCAGCACGAGCACAAGUGCGACUACGGCGGAUGCCAACAAGACGCCGUACCGGAUCAUGGCCGCCAUCAACGAGUCGGGACUGGGACUGCUGUCGUGGUGGGUCACGCAAUCCCAGGAGGAGGAAGGCGACGAGGAAGAACAAGAAGGCGAAGAAGACGGAGGCGAAGAAAUGGAAGAAGAUGAAUAAAACUACGGGGGCGGAUGUUUCCUUAAUAUCAGCUUUCUGGUUUUGUUGUAA